AUGGGUGGCAGAUAUAAAGUUAUUUCAUACAAGGAGCCUGGUGGUAAUCCUUACGUUAAAUCUGAAGCAGAUGCUCUCCAAGUGACUCAAACCUGUUAUCUUGAUUCAAUCAAUCCAAAGGGAGCACAAUACAGAUCCCAAGUUGUUGUCCAUUAUGACACCAAGAUGGAAAAAAUCCUUUACCUGCACAAUAACAGUGUUGAUAUCAAACCAGUUGAAAAAGCAAUGAAGGAAGCAAAGACUGGAAAAGAUUGUUUGAUUGCUCUUAAGAAAGAUCUUGGUGAUUUCCAUGUUGUAGUCCAAGCAAUCAGAUUUGCUGUGACUGGCAAGAUCAAGGAUCCAAACGCACCUAAAAAGAGUGCAGAUAACCACCACAAUAGAACAUUGAAGAUGAAUCAUUUAGAGAGUGAUAUUGUACUGUUAGAUUCUAGUAAUUCUUCUCACUUUAUGUGCGAUAAUUGUUCAACAACAACAACACGACAAUACAAGUAUUAUGAUGAUGGAUUAUAUGAACAAGAACAAACACAUUUAACAUUAAUACCCAAUAAUAUUGAUACAUCUAAUUUAACUAUUGAUAUAACACAAACUAUGAUAAUACACUCCCUUCAAAAUAUUAAAAUUAGUAAUAAUAGUAGCAACGAAAGUAAUAAUAAUAGUACAUUAAAAACAUCUUCCGAAGUCCCUCAAGGUGACCAAAGUAAAACAACAAAACAAAAUCCACCAUCCUCCACAAAUCAACAAAAUACCAACGAAUGUACCAUAAUCGAUCUUGAACAAUCCCCAAAUUUCAAUGACACUAUGAUAGAAGAUGAUGAUAAUUUCGAAUAUAAUGAUGAGUUGAAUUUCCUGAUUUCUAACUUUGAUUUAAAGGAUAAACAAAAUAAAUUUAUGCCAUAUAUUUAUUAA